UUGUAAGUUAGUAUUUUUUAAGGUAGCUUCCAAAUUUUAUUAUAGAAAAAAUUGCAAGAUGAGAUUGUCGGUAACAUUUUAUUGUUUGCUAAAUCUGUUUGUCAUCAGUUUUGUGUGUGAAAUUUAUUUCUUGUAGUUUUGAUUUUAAAUAAUGAAUGGGUUCGUUGGAUGGGUAUAGAAGUAAAAGUUUUGAGAGGAAAAUGGUGGCUGGUUACUUGGUUCUGUAUAUGGAGUGAUGAGCAUUAAUGUUGUAAUUAUAAGUGAAGAUUUGGUUGUAGUACGGACGGGAGUGUGUAUAUAUAAUCCGAUUAAAUGUAACGCAUUGACAAAUUUAAUUGAGUAAAAGGGUGGAUGUACAUGGUUGUGUGUUUAAAGGAUUUCUGGUUUGAGAGAUGGUGUAAUAAAGAGUGAAUUGUUUUUAUCCUAAUUUACAGAUUUGCUCCAUGUGUUAAUAUAUAUAUAUAUAUAUAUAUGAUGAUGACGAUGAUGAUGAAAUGAAAUAGUAUGAACAGAAAGUUAGGAAAAUGCAAAAGGGAGAGGGCCCAUCUGCAUCUUCCUGCACAAGGGCAAGUAUUAAGAGAAAGUUCCAUCAAGUUGGGGAGGUUAGAUAUUGUACUAGUUAUCUUGUCAGUCACCUUUCUUUGCACAUUUACUCUCUAUGUCUAAUUACUUAUUACCUCUUGCAGGACAAGGGCCGCACCGCACGUUCAUCCAAGUUCAAUAGUAAACCAACAAAGUUGCCAGAAAAACGUAUACUACAACUAAUUCUCGACGUUCUGCAAAGGAGGGACACCUAUGAAAUAUUUGCAGAACCAGUUGAUCCCACUGAGGUGGAAGAUUACUACAAAAUCAUUAAAGAGCCUAUGGAUUUUGGUACAAUGAGGGCUAAGCUUCAUGAAGGAAUGUAUCAGAACCUCCAACAGUUUGAGCGUGAUGCAUUUCUGAUUCCCAAAAAUGCAAUGCAUUUCAACUCCUCUGGUACAGUUUACUUCAGACAGGCUCGUGCUAUAUAUGAUCUAGCUAAGAAAGCAUUUCACGUCCUAAAAACUAAUCCCAAAAACAUUGAAGUAGAAUUUCCAGUGAACAGACGUAGAUCGAUGAGAAGAUUGCAAAAUGAGGCCAGAGAUACAGGAUAUGUCAUACCAGAUGGUGCCCUUGAUGUUUCCUCCAAGAAUAUUGGACUUGGGCCUAGUGUUCCAUCAACAUAUAGAAGAAGCAAAGAAAGGCCUUCCCUAUCCACCAAAGAUGCUGCUCCGACUGACGGUGCAUUCUUAUUAGGUAAUAGACAUGCUCAAAGUUUUUCUUCUCUUGGUGCUGGUCGUUGUUCUGCAUAUGAAUUUUUCAGGCCUUCGCCUUACCAUGACACUAGCUCAUUUCUAUGUAACCAGAAUCCUGAGUCACUAAUUCUUAACAGGAAUGGUAGUUACAGAGAGAGCUUGAUGUCAUUUGCCAGAGACUUAGGACCAACAGCACAAACGGUUGCCAACGCGAAAAUGCAAGGGAGCUAUCCAUUUCUUCUCUCUCACACAACUAAAGGUCCUCCAACGUGCUUAGGAUUCGCUGCCUUUGCACAUGUACAAAAUCAAUCUAAUACUGGAGUUUUAACCUCAUAUAAGAAUCUAUCUAGUCCUGUUCGAGGUUUUUGCUCCGUUCUCAAAAGCACCAGUGAUAGGAUCGAUGUGUGUAAUGUUGCAAAGGGGGAUGAGACUUGUAAAAUAGCUGGCAUGCGCAGUCUGAAAGAGCCCCUUCCUUGCACAGAAUAUUCAGAGAAGAAACAUACGUCAAUUUUGUGCUACAAAAGGAAUGUUCAUAAAGUAACAGAAGGAGCCAAGAAAACUCUAAAUGGAAGUGAGAGAAAAGAGAAUUACUUGGGAACUCAUAUCAUUACUAUUGGGACAUCUGGGGAUACGAAGAAACCCGGCAGAAGAACUGCUAAGGUGGAAGAAAAUAAAGUUCUGCCAGUUGUACUAGCUCUAGAGCAAUCUCAUUCAAGUCUAUCUGAGGUGAAGUGGAGAAACAAGAAGAGUUCCAAUUUCACAUCACGUAAGACACGAUCACAAAGCAAGAUUGCAGAACCCAAUGUCACUGGGACAAUUUCAGGUCAAACUAAAAAUAAAAGCUUUAGAUCAAAGCACGAAAACAAAGCAGCUAUUUGUGCUCAAAACAACAAUUUUGGCAGCAGUAUCAACCCAACUUUUCUUGAGCCAAUGAGCCAGGCAUCAGAGUCGAAAUUGAGCAAGACUAUUCCUGUGAUGCCAUUUCCAGGAAUAAUGAGCUCCAGGUUCACUUUUGAUAUGCCGUUCUUGAAAGCUCAGCUAAAUCAAAUGAAUCCAGUAGGGAAAAAUGACAUGCCUCAAGUAUCAAGACAUAACAUGGAGUGGUCAUUGUAUGGUCAGGGAAGUAAUAAUAGGAUGGGCAGGGAAGUAAAUCUAUCCGUGUCGUCUCUGCAAGACAAACCAAACAGUACUCUGCAGACCAUGCCGACUUUCAAUUAUAAUUAUCAAUCAUCACAUCUUUCCAUAGACACUGAUUUGGCCCUUCAGCUCUGAGUUAGUUUGAACAAAUGCUGUUAAAUUAUCCCAAGUAAAUUGCUUGUUGGAUAUUGUUCUGUCAUGUAAAGCGUACAGUGCAUUGAAUUAAAAAUAUCCUCUGAGAAAGUUGAAUAUGUUAAUCCUUGUACAACUUGAAAUCAA